AGGGGCGGGCUGAAAGUUGGAGCAAGCAGGAAGUGGAGCGAGGGCUGCCCGGGAGGAAGCAGCCUGGGUGAGCUCCGCCGCGGACGGGGCCCCAGCGACUCGCAGACAUGGAGACGGCCAGCGGAGGCGGAGAUGACCGAGUGCGGAACCUGCAGAGUGAGGUGGAGGGAGUCAAGAAUAUAAUGACCCAGAAUGUGGAGCGGAUCCUGGCACGAGGAGAAAACCUGGACCAGCUGCGCAACAAGACAGAGGACCUGGAAGCCACCUCGGAGCACUUCAAGACCACGUCGCAGAAGGUGGCUCGCAAGUUCUGGUGGAAGAACAUGAAGAUGAUUAUCAUCAUCUGCGUGAUCGUGUUCAUCUUCAUCCUCAUCGUCGUGCUCCUGUCCACUGGUGUCAUUCCCACUUAAGGGGCCCGCCCCAUCCCGCCCUCCCCUCUUCAGGGGCAACCCUCCAGAAUGGGUGCCAAGAGGGGCCCUUGCUCCUCUCUCUCCUCCUCCCCGGGAAUGCUGCUUGGACUCCCCCGGAGCCCCUCUGGUGCAGGAUGCACCCCCCCUCCCAGCACCUCGGUCCCCCAGUAGGAGACAGCUGGACUGUGGCUGCGUUCUACGGUCCUUAGAGCAAGUUGGAGAGACCUAGAGGGCUCAGCUGGGACACUGUUGGUGGCCGGGGGGCAAUAAAGACCUUCCCGAGUC